AUGAGGCCCGUUCUUUUGGCAGGUCACGAGCGUGCGCUCACCCAGAUCAAGCGCGCCAUCGUCAAUAGGUACAACUCGGACGGCGAUCUCAUCUUCUCGACCUCCAAGGACCAGCAGAUUUGCGUUUGGUACGCGCACAAUGGCGAGCGUCUGGGAACCUACCACGGCCACGUCGGUGCCAUCUGGACCGUCGACGUCGACCCCACCAGCACCAUGAUCGCUUCCGGUUCCGCCGACAACACGAUGAGACUCUGGGAUAUCAAGACGGGCAAGAACCUCAAGACUUGGGAGUUCCCCACCGCCGUCAAGCGCGUCGAGUUCAACGAGGACGGCACCAAGCUGCUCGGUGUUACGGAGAAGCGCAUGGGUUUCCUCAGCAACAUCAUCGUCUUCGACAUCAACCCCGACCCCGAGGCCGAGCAGACCGACGAGCGUGCCCUGACCAUCGUGUGCGACGAGAGCAAGGCCACCGUCGCCGGCUUCAGCUACCUCACCAAGUACAUUAUUGCCGGCCACGAGGACGGCUCCGUCUCCCAGUACGAUGCUAAGAACGGUGACCUGAUUUACAACGAGCCCGUACACGAGCUCAACACUCCCAUCACGGAUCUCCAGUGGUCGCAGGACAGAACCUACUUCAUCACCGCCAGCAAGGACAAGACGGCCAAGCUCAUCACCGCCAAGGACCUCGAGGUUCUCAAGACCUACGUAGCCGAUACCCCCCUCAACAGCGCCACCAUCACGCCCAAGAAGGACUUUGUCAUCCUUGGAGGUGGUCAGGCCGCCAUGGAUGUCACCCGUACCUCGGCGAGACAAGGAAAGUUCGAGGCCAGAUUCUACCACAAGAUCUUCGAAGACGAGGUCGGCAGAGUCCGUGGUCACUUCGGUCCCCUGAACACUGUCGCCGCAGACCCCACCGGCAAGGGCUACGCGUCCGGAGGAGAGGACGGUUACGUCCGUGUCCACCAGUUCGACAAGGGCUACUUCGACUUCAUGUACGAGGAAGAAGACAGUAUUCGUCGAUUCCGAUACUUGCUGGGUCUUACAGACCUCUUCCGUCACUUCAUCGAAACGAACCCUAACCCCAAGAUUCGGGAAAUUAUGACAGAGAUCGAUCGACAGAACGCAGAGGCAUCAAAGAGCAAGAAGAAGGGUUCGCGUCAGGGCGGCGCUAGUAAUGAGCGAGUGCGUCGGACCGAGGCUGAGGAAGAUGCCGAGCUGCUCCAGGACGAGAAGCACGGAGGCUCUGCCGAGACGGUUUUCCGCGACUCACCCGCUUUCAUCAAGGGUCAGAUGAGAGAUUAUCAGGUCGCCGGCCUCAACUGGCUGAUUUCUCUCCAUGAGAACGGUAUCUCUGGCAUUCUUGCCGACGAGAUGGGUCUCGGAAAGACCCUGCAAACGAUCGCGUUCCUGGGCUACCUACGACACAUUAUGGACAUCACCGGACCGCACAUCGUUAUCGUACCGAAGUCGACAUUGGACAACUGGAAGCGAGAGUUUGAAAAGUGGACCCCCGAGGUCAAUGUACUGGUGCUUCAAGGCGCGAAGGAGGAACGUAACGCGCUCAUUAACGACCGAUUGGUCAACGAAGACUUUGAUGUCUGCAUUACGAGUUACGAGAUGGUUCUUCGCGAGAAGAGCCACCUCAAGAAGUUCGCAUGGGAGUACAUCAUCAUCGACGAAGCGCACCGCAUCAAGAACGAGGAAUCCUCCUUGGCCCAGGUCAUCCGCGUUUUUAACUCCCGAAACCGACUUCUGAUCACUGGUACACCCCUUCAAAACAACCUCCACGAGCUGUGGGCUCUGCUCAAUUUCUUGCUUCCCGAUGUGUUCGGUGACUCCGAGGCCUUUGACCAGUGGUUCUCUGGCCGAGAACAGGACCAGGACACCGUGGUCCAGCAACUCCACCGUGUGCUGAGGCCCUUCUUGCUCCGAAGAGUCAAGAGCGACGUCGAAAAGAGCUUGUUGCCAAAGAAGGAGGUCAACGUAUACCUAGGCAUGUCCGACAUGCAGGUCAAGUGGUAUCAGAAGAUUCUCGAGAAGGAUAUUGACGCUGUCAACGGCGCCAACGGAAAGCGAGAGUCGAAGACAAGAUUGCUGAACAUUGUGAUGCAGUUGCGCAAAUGCUGCAAUCACCCUUAUCUCUUCGAAGGCGCUGAGCCUGGCCCGCCGUACACCACCGAUGAGCAUCUCGUUUAUAACGCUGGCAAAAUGGUCGUUCUCGACAAAUUGCUGGCUAGGAUGCGAAAGCAGGGCAGCAGAGUUCUCAUCUUCUCACAGAUGAGUCGUCUCUUGGACAUCCUGGAAGACUACUGCGUUUUCCGGGAGUACAAGUACUGCCGCAUUGACGGUGGAACGGCCCACGAGGAUCGUAUCGCCGCCAUCGACGAGUACAACAAGCCGGGCUCCGAGAAGUUCAUCUUCUUGCUCACAACGAGAGCCGGUGGGUUGGGCAUCAACCUUACCACUGCUGAUAUUGUCGUUCUUUACGACAGCGAUUGGAACCCCCAAGCUGAUUUGCAGGCCAUGGAUCGUGCUCAUCGCAUCGGUCAGACCAAGCAGGUCGUUGUGUAUCGUUUUGUGACGGACAAUGCGAUUGAGGAGAAGGUCUUGGAAAGAGCAGCUCAAAAGCUUCGUCUUGACCAGCUUGUCAUUCAACAAGGCCGUGCUCAGGUUGCAGCCAAGGCCGCAGCCAACAAGGAUGAGCUUCUCUCGAUGAUUCAGCACGGUGCUGAGAAGGUCUUCCAAAAUAAGGGCGCUUCCGGUGUGCUGGCUAAUAAGGGCGCUGACCUGGAUGAUGACGACAUCGACAAGAUUCUUGCCUCUGGUGAGUCAAGGACCAAGGAGCUCAACGCCAAGUAUGAGAAGCUUGGAAUCGAUGACCUUCAGAAUUUCACGUCUGAGUCUGCCUACACCUGGAACGGAGAGGACUUCAAGACAAACAAGAAGGACAUUGGCAUGAACUGGAUCAACCCCGCCAAGCGUGAGCGAAAGGAGCAAUCCUACUCUAUGGACAAGUAUUUCCGACAGGCCAUGUACCCGCCCAAGGAGAAGGACACCAAGCCCAAAGCCCCGAGAGCUCCAAAGCAGGUUCCUGUUCACGACUACCAGUUCUACCCACCUAGAUUGCGCGAUCUCCAGGACCGUGAGACGGCGUACUACCGCAAGGAGAUUGGUUACAAGAUUCCCCUCUCUGAUGGCGAUGAGGAGAACCUCGAUGAGCGUGAGGCAGAGCGUGCGCUGGAUCAACAAGAGAUCGACAACGCAACGCCACUCACCGAGGAGGAGCAGGAGGAGAAGCAACGUCUGUCACAGCAAGGGUUUGGUGAAUGGAACCGACGCGACUUCCAGCAAUUCGUCAACGCAUCAGGCCGUUACGGCCGCAAUGACUACGAGAGUAUCGCUGAGGACAUUGACAACAAGACUGCUGCCGAAGUCAAGCAGUAUGCCAAGGUCUUCUGGCAGCGAUACACCGAAAUCGCAGACUACAACAAGUACAUCAAGGUCAUUGAAGAUGGCGAGGAGCGUAUGCGCAAGAUCGAACACCAGAGGAAGCUGCUUCGUAAGAAGAUGUCCCAAUACCGCGUCCCCUUGCAACAGCUUAAGAUCAAUUACUCUGUCUCCACCACGAACAAGAAGGUGUACACGGAGGAGGAGGAUCGAUUCUUGCUGGUUCUUCUCGACAAAUAUGGCAUCGACUCCCCCGGCCUGUACGAGAAAAUGCGAGAUGAGAUCGCGGAGAGCCCUCUGUUCCGGUUCGACUGGUUCUUCCUUAGCAGGACACCUGUCGAGCUGAGCCGUCGCUGCACUACGUUGUUGACGACCAUCGUCAAGGAGUUUGAGGAUGUCCAUCCUACAAAGGGUGCGAACGGUGUCAACGGCAAGGUUAAGAGAGAAGCCGACGACGAAGAGAAUGACGAGGAUAGCAUCCUGGGCAUGGCACCAGCGAAGAAGAAGUCCAAGAACGGCGUCAAGAUCCUGGCGGCUUCGCCCGCUACCCAGCGCGGCCAGCCGACCCAGCUCUCCUCCGACAACAAAGGAGAGCGUCUUGCCUACGCCGCUGGCAAAUCCAUCUUCCUCCGGUCCAUCGACAACCCUUCCGUUAGCAAACAGUACACCGGCCACACCGCACAAACGAGCGCUGCCCGCUUCUCGCCCAGCGGCUUCUACGUCGCCAGUGGAGACGUCUCGGGAUCCGUGAGAGUCUGGGACGCCGUUGAGGCCGAGAACACUAAGGGCGAGUACCACAUCAUUUCGGGCCGCAUCAACGACAUCGCCUGGGACGGCGACUCCCAGCGCAUCAUCGCCGUCGGUGACGGCAAGGAGCGAUUCGGCCACUGCAUCACGGCCGACAGCGGUAACUCUGUCGGAGAGAUCAGUGGUCACUCCAAGGCCGUCAACUCGGUCGCCGUGCGACAGCAACGCCCGCUGCGAGCGGCAACGGUCUCCGACGACGGCUCCCUCUGCUUCCUGCACGGCGCGCCCUUCAAGUUCAACUCGAAGCACGCCUCGACCCACAAGGGCUUCGUCUUCGGUACGGCCUUUUCCCCCGACGGCAACCAGCUCGUGACGGUUGGCGCCGACAAACGCAUCCAGCUCUACGACGGAAAGACGGGCGAGCCUACAAUUUCGAUCGGAGAGGGAGAACACACUGGCAGCAUCUUCGCUGUUUCUUGGGCCAAGGACGGCACCAAGUUUGUCACUGCUAGUGCGGACCAGACCGUCAAGCUCUGGGACGUCGAGGCGGGCAAGGCCACGCAGACGUGGAAGUUUGGCGACGGCGUCAGCGUGGGUGAUCAGCAGGUUGGAGUUGUCUACCCUCACGGCAGAACCGACGGUCUGAUCAUCAGCUUGAACCUCAAUGGCGAUCUGGUCUACUUGAACGAGGGCAGCGACAAGCCCAGCAAGAUCGUCCAGGGUCACAACAAGAGCAUCACGGCUUUGGGUGCUUCGUCCGACGGCAAGGGUCAGACGCUCUGGAGCGGUAGCUUCGACGGCCGCGUCUGCCAGUGGGACGUGGCCUCGGGCACUGGCUCGGUCGUCGACGGACAGGCGCACACGAACCAGGUCACCCAGUUCAGUGCUGAAGGAGGACAGACGUACAGCGUGGGAUGGGACGACCAUCUGCGGAUAGUCGACGAGUCUGCCAACACUUUUGCCGGCGAGUCCGUCAAGCUCUCUGCGCAGCCCAAGGGCGUCGCGGCUACCGGCGGAAAGCUGUACGUGGCGACCAUUGAGGGUGUAGACGUCUACGAGAAGAACAAGCUCGUCUCUGAGAACCGCCUCGGUUUUGCUCCCAGCGCGGUUGCGGCUUAUGGCUCGACGGUGGCUGUGGGAUCCGGCAACUCCGUCAAGAUCUACACCGCGGACGGCUCAGGCAAGCUUUCCGAGACCAAGUCUCUCGACAAGUCGACUGCCCAGAUCUCCUGCCUCUCCUACUCCAAGGACGGCCAGUAUCUGGCCGCGGGCAACCAGAUCGGCAAAAUCGUUGCUUACAAGACUGCUGACUGGGAGGUCGCGACGGACCGCUGGUCCGCGCACACGGCGAGGGUUACGUGCAUCAGCUGGAAUGAUGCCGCGACGCACGCCGUCUCCGGAGCUCUGGACACGCACGUCUACGUGUGGAGCUUGGCGAAGCCCGGAAGCCGCGUCAAGGCUCUCAACGCGCACAAGGACGGCGUCAACGGCGUUGCGUGGGUCGAGGGCGGAAGCAAGAUUGCGAGCGCUGGUGGCGAUGCCGCGAUCAAGGUGUGGACUGUGGCUGGGUUGCAAUAG